AUGACUGAUCAAGAUGAUAAAUUGAACUGGACAUACUUGGACCAUGAGUUCUAUACCUAUCUCAAGAACAUGAGCUGCAUGACGGUGAUGAAACUGCCAUAUGAUAGACGCUGCAUGAUGACCCAACAAGUGCUGGACUGUCAGAACAUCAUCAAUCUGUUCAACUACUUCAAGAUGAUGUACUGUGCGUUCCAUAUAUCCGAUAUGAUAACGGAGAUCGGGGUAAUGGUGCUGUUUUGCCUGGUUGUGAUUGCCUUUCUCUUAGUCAUGACUCUAACCAUUGACGUGUUCUUCGCGCCUACCAUGAAGAUCGUUUCCAUGAAGCUGCACAUGAAUGAGUACCUGGCGGGCGUUACACUCUUGGCCUUUGGCAAUACAUGUCCCGAUCUGAUAGCCAAUCUAAUGCCCAUUCGGGCAGACGCACCGAUAUUCACGAUAACUGUGGGAAAUUCCCUCGCCAUAAUCCUGCUCAGUGGGGGUAUGGUCUGCUUUCUGAAGCCCUUCAAGAUGAAUGGCCCCAGCACCGUCCGGGAUCUUCUGUUCCUGCUCCUCAGUCUGAUAAUGCUCCGUUCCAUAAUAUUCAGUGAGGGAAACGUGACCGCCACAGAGUCUAUUGUGUUGAUGGGCAUUUAUUUUUCCUAUCUGAUUAUCAAUAUACUGGAUCUGUUGCUGCUGCGCUACACCAUAAGGAAACUUCGAAGGGAUAUUAACCAAUUGCAAACUUCACCUGGCAACGCAAGCGUGGUCGCUGAGAAAACACGCUUAUUGAACGAGCUGGAACGGGAUGACGAAUUAAACAUCAAUGACACUAAACAGAUCAAUCGACAAAUGAGAGGAUCAAUCGAGAAGGUAUUCUUCUUCAACACACCGAAGAAGAGAAUUCGUCCCCCAGUCGUUGACCAUAUAGCCAACCGAACUAUCUUCUAUAAUGUGGGAAAUCCGAAGAACCUCUUUCUACUCACCGAGUUCUUUGAGUCUCUCAAUCCCAUUGACGAGGAGGAAUGGAAGUUGGCUGGCUGGUGUCAGCGCAUUCUUCUGAUCGUCAAAAGCCCACUCACCUUUUUCCUCAUUUUAUUUAUCCCCGUUGUGGACUUUGAGAAGGACAAGCACGGCUGGAGCAAGCUGCUCAACUGUACGCAGAUCAUCACGAACCCUUUCCUCAUGAUCACCCUGGUGCAUUCUUCGGCCACCAGUAAGUACUACGCCUGGUACAUAGUCCCCAAUUUGGACAUCUCCAUGUGGACUCCCUGUGUGACACUGCCUCUGGCCACUGCUGUCCUCAUUCACAGUCGCACAGAUGUGCCGCCCUUCUAUCACAUUAUGUUCAUCAUAUUCAGUUUUAGCAGUUCAGUCGUUAUCAUCUGGGUGUGUGCCAGCGAAAUGGAGGUGCUAACUUCCAUUGUGGGCAUUGUCUUCAAUCUAUCCGGAAACUUCAUGGCCAUCACCUUUGGCGCAGUGUCCAAUGCGAUGGCGGACAUAAUAGCCAACUCCAACCUGGCCCUGCAGGGCUACGAGAAAAUGGCCUUUGCGGCCAUUAUAGGCGGUCCCGUGUUUGCUCUUGUGGUUACCAUGGCCAUUCCCUUUGCCUUUAAUACAAAAGUUCGCACGGCUGGUGCUGCAUUCUGGCUGUAUGGCGAGCACGGCGAAAACUGCUACAUAUUCCUCAUGAUCACCAUCGUGGCCACAUUGUGGUGGUGCAUGAUCUUCAAUUUCAACGCCCGCCGAUCAGCAGGCAUCUUCAUGUGGCUGAUAUUUGUAAUAUUCAUUAUUUAUUGUACUGGCGUGGAGAUGGACAUUGUGCACGAGUUCUCAAGGGACCAGUUCUUCAAUCCAAUGUAA